GAGUCGCGAGCAGAGGUUUGAUGAAUUAAACAUGAAGAAAGCUCAGCACUCACUAUAAAAUCUCCCGAAUCAAAAUCUCAGAUCCGUUUCUCAUUCUCCUCUACUCAAUCUCAGCGAACGCCACCACCUCUCGGCGGCGCCGAUCGCAGAAACGACUUGCCGUUUCGGCAGAGAGAUCCGAAUUCGUGAACAUGGAAGGUGGAUCCGAUAGAGACAAAUCGAACUCCUCCACGUCUCCAAUCCCCGUCGUCUCCAAUUUCUGGAAAGAGUUUGAUUUGGAGAAGGAAAAAAGUGUACUGGAUGAGCAAGGGCUUAGGAUAGCUGAGAAUCAGGAAAACAGCCAGAAAAAUAGACGGAAGCUUGCAGAGAGCACUAGAGAUUUCAAGAAAGCUUCACCGGAGGAAAAGUUAAGUCUCUUCAAUUCUUUACUUAAGGGUUACCAAGAAGAAGUUGAUAAUCUUACCAAAAGAGCAAAGUUUGGAGAGAAUGCUUUUCUUAACAUCUAUCAAAAGCUUUACGAGGCUCCAGAUCCGUAUCUUGCUCUUGCUUCAAUUGCUGAGCAAGAUCUUAAGCUGUCUGAGCUAGAAUCUGAGAAUAGGAAGAUGAAAGUUGAGCUUGAGGAGUUCAGGACAGAAGCAACUCAUCUAAAGAAUCAGCAGGCAACAAUAAGAAGACUUGAAGAGCGCAACCGUCAGUUAGAGCAACAGAUGGAGGAUAAAGUUAAAGAAAUUGUGGAGAUAAAGCAACGGAGUUUUGCAGAAGAGAACCAGAAAGUACUUGAGGUCCUUACAGAAAGAGAGCAAAUGUUGCAGGAUCAAUUACGACAAGCUAAAGACAGUGUUUUCAAUAUGCAGAAAUUGCAUGAGCUUGCUCAAAGCCAACUGUUUGAGGUUCGUGCACAAUCAGAGGAAGAGAAGGCAACGAAGCAAGCUGAGGUCAAUCUUCUGAUGGAUGAAGUUGAACGGGCUCAGACACGGCUUCUUAGUCUUGAGAUGGAGAAAGGACAUUUGCGGUCCAAGUUACAGUCAGCUAAUGAAGAAACUGACAAUAAGAAAAGUGAUAAUUUAGAUUCAAAUAGCAUCCUUGAGAAUUCUUUAAGUGCCAAAGAGAAGAUCAUAGCUGAACUCAACAUGGAACUUCACAAUAUUGAAACCACCUUAUCAAAUGAAAGAGAGGAGCACCUGAAUGAGAUCAAGAAGUUGAAUACACUGCUCAGUGAAAAGGAAGCUUCUCUUGAGGAGAUGAAGAAAGAGCUUCAAGCAAGGCCAACAACAAAACUGGUUGAUGAUUUGCGUAAAAAGGUGAAGAUUUUGCAGGCGGUGGGUUAUAAUUCAAUUGAGGCUGAAGAUUGGGAAGUUGCUACAAGUGGGGAAGAGAUGACCAAAAUGGAGUCUCUUCUUCUUGAUAAGAAUCGAAAAAUGGAGCACCAACUCACACAAUUGAAGGUGCAACUUUCGGAAAAAUCAGCUCUGUUGGAAAAGGCUGAUGGUGAAAUUACAGAACUUGCCGAAAAGGUUAAUGAACAAAAAAGAUUAAUACAGAAAUUGGAGGAUGAUAUACUGAAGGGCUAUAGCUCCAAGGAUAAGAAAGGAAAUUUAUUUGAUGACUGGGAUCUAUCAGAAGCUAGGGGCACAGAGCUAUCAGAGAAUGCAGAACAAAAGCAUGUUUCCUCAGACCAAGACCAAAGUUCAAUGCUUAAGGUUAUCUGCAAUCAGAGAGAUCGAUUCAGGGCACGCUUGAGAGAGACAGAAGAAGAAAUUAGACAGUUGAAGGAAAAGAUAGGAGCUCUAACAGGGGAACUGGAAAGGACCAAAGCUGAUAAUGUCAAGCUGUACGGAAAGAUUCGCUAUGUUCAAGACUACAGUCUUGAAAAAGUAGUGUCUAGAGGAUCAAAGAAGCAAGCAGAGGAUCUUGAAAGUGGCUUCUCCUCGGAUGUUGAAUCUAAGUACAAGAAGAUCUAUGAGGACGACAUAAAUCCUUUUGCAGCAUUCUCAAAAAAGGAAAGGGAUCAAAGGUACAAGGAAUUGGGUUUCAGGGACAGAAUUACACUUAGCAGUGGACGUUUUCUUCUUGGCAACAAGUAUGCUCGGGCUUUUGCAUUUUUCUACACUAUUGGCUUGCAUAUCCUAGUGUUCACCUGUCUCUACCGAAUGUCAGCUCUGAGUUAUCUCAGCAAUGGUCAGGAGGAUAUCCUCGUCGGUGACACAACUCAGAAUCUCCCACACGCUCUCUAGGCUUUGUGACACUCUGAAGCUUUGCAGAAUGUAUAUACAACAUAAAUGACUGUUAUUCUGCCUGUAUUCUGGCUUUGUUCUUCCCAUUUUCUUUCCCUUCACUAAUUAGCUGUAAAGCAUGUCAUGUAAAAUUAGUGAUACAGUAUAGGGACAAAUUGAGGGUCGAUCCCAUUCGGAUGGCCAUAUUUCUGGUAGAAUGGUUCAAUGAUUUCGACAAUAUUUUGGGUUGGAUGUGAAAGACCUAAGGAAAAUAUUGGUGAAGUUAAUGAGACAAACAAUCAGUCUAACAUGU